UUUUUAAAUUAUACAAACUCUUUUGUGUGUUAAUAAUGACAUUUUUCAGCUUGGUUUCAUUAAAAUUGCGUGGCUGAAGACGCGGUGGUAAACUGAUGUUGCCCUUAUCUUUUCCAUACAGAUCCAUUUUAAUUAUAAUAAUGUAUCAAUGUUUUUUGAACAGCUUAUUUUAUAUAAUGUUUAGAAAAUAAAUUGCUCUUAAGGCAUUUUUAAAUCUGUCAAACAAUUGGAUAACGUUACGUGAUCAAUGACAUGUCGCGCGUUUUUUUUUAAAGACGCGCGUGCGAUUAUCUUUCGAUUUCGAGAUAUGAUAUGACGUAAUGUAUCGAACUAUGAAUCGAUUUCGAUAUCGAUUAGAGAAUUUCCAGAAUUCUCGACGUUGGCAGGCUUGAAUCCGGUUAGGCUAGGUUAAUAAAAGUAGAGUAGUGUGCGAUGAUGUACGUAUAUUUCUACAGAUGAUUUCUUCGUGUGUAAAUGCGCCAAAUAUGGACAGACCCGACCAAAAGUUCAUCAUUUCGCGAGAGAAAAAUCUGCAAACAAACUAUUUAACCACGAUACAGCUACCUUAAGGAUUAGCAAUGUGUGAUGAUUCCAUCUGAAAAAGUGAUCUAAAGCGAUCUUGAUUUUGAAAUCGAGGCUCGAAAUUGUCGAACUGCCAUCGUAAUAUAUAAGUGUGCGCAAAGCUGUAUAUUAUUGUAAUUCAUUCAGUUCGAUUAUUUGCGAAUAGUGAGGAUAGGAUAACGAUUUGAUAAGCGGCGUAGAGCAACGAUCGUUUUAUACGAAAUAUACUUUGAUACGUAAAGAUACGAAUGCUCGAGUCCUCGUAAACAGAGUAACAAGUUUAACAUUUUGAGAGCAAAUCCAAAAACAGUGUUUAUAAAUGCAAAAAGAUGAUUCUCUCACUGUGAACUGUGAAUGUUGCAAGAUCACAAAUAUGUUACUUAAGAUAAACGAUUGCAGAAAAGUUUACAUAAAGUAUCAAUGUACUCUGAACAGUAUAUCACAUACGAAGAUUAUACAUAAAAUACUAAAUUUGUAAUGCAGAAGGGAAUCUAUCAUUGUGUCUUUAUAAUAAUGUAACAAGAAUCUGUAUAGAAAGCCUUUACACAAUGUCAAAUUCUAAGAAGAGUCCAAAUUAUAAUUUAGAAGAAGCCAAAGAAGAAAUGCAAGAAACAGUAAAGAAAAAAGAAGACUCGGUGCGACCAAAGUGUAAAUUGGAUUCGCACGGAUGCCUAAAUCUUCAAGAUGUUCUGCUCAUGUUUGAUAGUCCUUUAAGUCAGGAGCGAGCAUGGGCAUUGUGUUAUCAAGUAGCCAAAGGCCUAUCACACUUAACGGAGAACAAGUUUUGUGAAAUAUCAGAACUUUGGCAAAUUGUACUUCACAAAGAUGGAGAUAUCUGUCUCGAAAGUUUGGCAGGUUCCAAACUACCUCUUGUUUCGGAAGAAAAGGCUAUCUUCUCUUUAGGUAUGGUAAUUUUUAAGGCCUUGGAUUUUGGCUCUAAUGCAGGGGAAGAAAUAGCCUUAUCACCAGACCUAGAAGCUCUCAUUACAUUAAUGACAAAUUGCAAUCGAGCAUCUGAAGGUGAUGUAGAAGAACGUUUACAAGAAACCGAUGAUGAAGGCAUCGAACGGGAUUCGGGGGAUACUGAUGCAGAAGAUUAUAUACCGAAAACUAGUGAAUCAUGUACAGAUAGUCCUAUAUGUACCUUGAAGACUAUUCUCCAAAUAUGUGAACGGCAUAUGCAAAGUUUGCAUGAAGAUGCUGAUAAUUAUUAUCGAAAUGUGAUUCAAAUGUUUGUAGAGGAGGCUCUUAAUCUCUCUCAAUUUCUGGAAAAGGUGGUUGUCGACAAGCAAUCACAAGAUUUAUAUAGUCCAAGCAUCGAUGAUGUUGAUCGUAAUUCGAUCUCACUGCAGAAUAUUGACACAUUGGAUUUCAAUGAUUGGACAAACGUUAGAAUUUGGAGGGCUAUACAAGCUAGAUUUUGGGUUCAAGUAAUCAGCGAACUAAGACGAGGCGUAAAAUUGAAGAAAGUGGAAGCCAAUUUAGGCUCUCGUGCACCCUCACGCGCACAAGGAAAUCGUUCCGACUACAAACUGACUCCUUAUGAAGUUCUGAUGGACGACAUUAGGGAGAAACGAUAUCACCUUAGAAAAACGCCACCCACGCCCUCGAAGAGAAAGGAUGCACAUGCCAUUAUUCUCGAAUUUAUUCGAAGUCGACCACCUCUAAAAAAGGCAUCGGAGAGACGAUUACGACCGUUACAGAAGGAAUGCACUUUGAGAGAGUUACUUAUGGAGAGUAUAAAGAAGCCUCCAAAACCUUUGAGAUCUUCGAGACAAAACAUUCCCAGGGUUGAAGAAACAUCAGCUUGCGGCAAGUCUCGCAUGAUAGUCCUCGGAGAGGUGCCGCCGUUGCAACCAGAGCAGGAGCAGGAGUCUGCGCAAGAUGUUGCGGCUCAGUGGUUGCAGUCGGAGGAUCAGAGGACGGCGACGUCGGCAGCUGGCGGUGUCCUGGCGGCAACGAGUCGCAGAAAACAGGACCUACCGCCGGUGCCGCAGCCGCGGCAAAGGAUCGCUAAGGAAAGACCCGACGUCAGGGUUUUGCCUUCCAAUAGGAAUCGUAAGUCGCGUAGAAGGCGCAUUACGGUCGCAGAUAUAACACAGAAUGGGGAGGAUAUCAAGGAAUAUGAAUCAUCUGCAAUACCGAAACCACCUGGAAGAAAUUUGGAUGCUAUUAGACGACCCAAGAAACUGAUACCUGUCGACUUCGAUUUAAAGUUGGAUGCGGAGGAUGACGACGAUGAUGAUGAUGAUUAUAACGAAGAGGAUUUUGAAACGCGGUUUGAGGAAGAGGACGAAGCCUCUAAUUAUUGGCAACUAAAAGAUUACAGGUUUGGAGCUCGCGAAGGUAUGCGAAAUGGGCACAAGGAUUAUAGACAGAGGGAUGACGACGAAGGAUCCGCAAAUCCUUGGCGGAAAACCGGUGGACUUCGUCUAACUAGGAACGAGUACCAUCGAUUCUGUGAUGCUCAACUAGAAUCUUACGAUUUGGCGACGCAGUGUCCUUCCCGGAGAGCAUCCGCAAAGAGACACGCUGCAAAGUGUGCUAUACCAUUAAUGUCACUCACGGGGACGACGUCUCUGCCACAAUCAAGACCGCAGAGUCGACAACGCGCUGGCCUUACGGACUCGACACUAAGCCAGGGUCCGAGUCCCAACAUCAGUUUGAAUCCCAGCCCAAGUCACAGUCCGCAGCCACGUGCAUCCAGGCAACCACGACGGGCGUACACCAUCGCGCACGAGGGCAAGGACGACAGAACUAAUAGCGAUGAGUGGGAGGAUGAUACUGAUAAGAAGACAACACUAGGAGAUAUGCUGCUGGACGAAAGACUAUCGUUAACGUUAGAUGAAAUCGUGCACAUUCGUAGCGUGCUCACGAAGGCGGAAUUAGAAUCUCUUCCUGUGGAAGGACGUGUCAAAGAGGACGUGGAAAAAAGACGCGUUUGUUUCCUCUGCCUGAAGACGCGUUUUGGUCUUUUGGGUCCUUGGGGACAACGCUGUCGUUUGUGCAAGAGGACCGUUUGCGUGAAAUGUUACUCGAAAAUGCGGAUUCCGACGGAGCAGUUUGCCCGAGUGCCGGUCGUGCUUCUCUCCCCCGGAUUAUUACUCUCGCCCACGGAAACGGAGGCCGGUAACGGCAAAAACGCUUGGCUAAGGAAUACGGGAGCUGUCGGUUCGGCACCGGCUUCUCCCGCAUCCAGACGAAAGGAUUCCGCAUUACGCAGCGGCACGCCCACUUCGACGCCGACGAUGACACCAGUCUCCGCAUUGACGCCAAUGUCGACUCCACCAUCUCAUGCACGUCGAGAGAUGGAAAAUCAGGGACUGGAGAGGAGAUGUUACAAGGGUGGCGGCAGCCCCGCCGCUCUCUCGACCACGAAGACAUUCUCCGGCUCCAGCGGACCGACUGCCGAGCAACGAAUGGCGGCGGAACGGCUGCGUGGCGUCGCCGUCGUUGUUUGUCACGAUUGUCGCAUCAUGGUCAUUCAGAUAAUCAAGAGCUCGAGAACAACACGCGCAACAAUACGCAACAAUGUCAUUUCUCGUCUUACUCUGAACCUCUCUCCCGCCUACGUUUAAUCCUCUUCACUUAUCGAUACCAUUAUCAUCACUGACUGCUGUUUCUCCGCGUUUAAUUCUUCUCGCCUCUUAAUAUCUCCAUCAUUGACUGCUGUUUCUCACUAUUGUUUUCUCCGUGUUUAACGGAAAUUCGUAUUUCACUAUAUACGUAUCAGUAGCGAGUAGUCGGCAACAAUUGUUCCGCGACUCGAAAGAAGGAAAAUAUGUGUCUAUAUGUGCAAACGCGCAAAAUAGGGCAUUCAUUCUCUUAUAUAUGCGUGUUGCAGAACUGCAUUGAUUUUCAUAUCGUAAGAUGAUAAUAACAUAAGAAUUAUCUGUAUGAGAACUGGGCAUGUCUAAAAUGUAUUUAGUACAAAUUAUUUAAACUAUGCUUUGUGCAUUGAGAUAUUUGUCUGUCCUACAUAAAAGUUUUAUUUUUUUCUCGUUGAUUACUUACUUUAAAUCAGAGAAAGCUAAUUAAUAUUGCAAUAAUUUCUUUAAGAUAUCGAUGCAAAUAGAGUACCGCGCGCGUGAUGAUCAUCAUUUUUGCAAUCUAACUAAAUGCAUCACUAGAAUCUGAUGACUUUAACUCAUGUUUAUAACUUGUAAGCCCUAUAAAAAUUUUAUUUUACAUAAAAUGAUUUAUAACAAAAAUAAAA